UUUAUUUUUGUUCUUUGAUGUAGUUUGUAUUUCACUUUUUACCGCCUUUUUCAAGUUUGGUUACCUGAACAUAUUUUGUAAACACAGUUUGUUGUUAUUUGGAAAAUAAAACUUAUAAAUUCAGUGUAUAAUGGCAGAAUGCGAUGGAAAAUCCAGUCCUAAAUUUAAGACGAACGUUAUAAAAUCUCUAGAUACGUUAGAAAGCUAUAUUUCCGAAAGGGACAACUCAGAAGAUGUCUUUUAUUUAUCACCAGUACCUGAUCUGUGUAAAGAAUAUCCAUGUAUUUUAGGAAUAGACGAAGCUGGAAGAGGACCUGUGCUUGGGCCAAUGGUAUAUGGUACAUCAUUUUGCCCAAUAAAUGAGCAAAUGAUACUGCAUAAAUUAGAAUGUGCCGAUUCCAAACAGCUUAAUGAAGAAAAAAGAGAUGAUAUAUUCAAAAACAUGCUAGAAAACUCUGAUAAAAUAGCCUGGGGCAUUGAAGUUAUAUCUCCAAACUCAAUUUGCAACAGUAUGCUGAGUCGUUCGAAAUAUUCACUGAACCAAGUAUCUAUGGACGCAGCAAUAAAGCUUAUUAGAGCAGCAAUAGACAGCGGUGCAAAAAUCCAACAUAUAUUUGUCGACACAGUAGGGAAGCCUGAGAAAUAUCAGGCGUAUUUGAAGACUAUUUUUCCUAGCUAUGAAAUAACCGUAGCCAAGAAAGCUGAUUCAACUUAUCCUAUUGUAUCAGCUGCUAGUAUAUGUGCAAAAGUAUCUAGGGAUCAUGCUUUAAGAGUAUGGGAAUUUACAGAAGGCCUGGAGAUCAAGUCUGAAGAAUUUGGAAGCGGAUACCCAGGAGAUCCUGUGACGAAAAAAUUCCUUGUAGACUCAUGCGACCUGGUGUUUGGGUAUCCUCAGCUAGUGAGAUUCAGCUGGUCCACGGCCGAGAACGCUCUUAAAGAUACUGCGUAUCACGUAGAGUUUGAGGAGAUCGAGAAGCAAGAUAAGAAGGAUGCCCCACCCGCAAAUAACACGUCUAUUACAUCGUUCUUCAAAAUGACUAGUAAACCAUCAAUAGUGAAAAAGGAACAUGAAUUUUUUGCUCGGAGAUGUUUGACAAGAAAAGUAGAAUUUUAAUGUAGCAAUUUUUGUUCAAACUAAUUUUAUUCAACAUGUGUCCCUAUCAGUUUUAGUGGAAUAAGUUUAACGUCAAGUUUACAUUUAGUUUACUGAUUAAGAAAUAGCGAGUAACAUCAUGUCUUUUUUAUUCUAUCCCUAUUACUUUAGCGACAAUGCCUCAUAAACUUGAAUUUCGGUAGAGAUUGAUGGGUGAGGUCUGCAAAGAGGAUAUCAGAUAGGAGUGCCACAAGGUUCUGUCCUAGGCCCCAUACUCGUUCUCAUGUCUAUUAAUGAUCUCCCAAAUAAUGGGUUCAUGCCCAAGUAUACUCUCUUCUCUAUGAGAGAAAUAAAUAUCCAAAAUGAAGAUGUUUAUGUUCAAAACUUUCAAGUGUGAUGUACCAUGUAAGGGCUCUCAUGCUUUGAGACUUUUGUUCUGUGUCACGAC